UGUCUGCUUCUGCUAAAAUUCAAUUGUUGAAUACUUGCUUAGUUUAGUUAAUUCGACCACUCGGGUCGCGGGUCAUGGGCACGUGGAAAUUGUAGCCAAGUACUAAGUAGAAGAAGUAGACAAAUUAUUUAAAUCUAGUCUGACAAAAUGGAAGAACAGGAGUGUGAAAUCGUCUUUGUAUCAAACAAAUCGCAAAAGAAGAAAGAAAAUAUCCUUGAGGCCCUGGCUAAAUACAAAUUGAAGCAACAAGAACAGCAACAGCAUGAUGCCAUAAAAAUGAAAGCCGGUUCGUCAAAGGAGAACGAAACAAUAAAUGAUUCCCGACCAUUGCCAGUGAAGUCUAAAGUAUCAAAAGAAACAUCUGAAGAAGAGAAAGGACAGGAGAUUAGUUUGAAGAAGCAAUCAUCUGCCAAAUCCUUAGGGAAGUCCCAAAUCACAGAAGUUAAUAAAGAGCAGUAUAAUCCUUUACCAUGGCAGUAUGAUGAAAAUGAAAGAAAUAGACUACAACUGGAAUAUGUGCAACAUUUAGCAAAGAGUGAAAACAAAACAUACAUGAAAAAUGAUUUUGAAAUUGGCAUCACUGAAUAUAUUUCUCAAGGAAAAGGCUUUUCAGCUGAUGUAGAUCAGUCUUAUCUUGAUUUCCAGGUUCAUGAAAUCAGUUUAGAUGGAUCAGUUGUUUAUUUAACAAAGAUGAAAAAUCCUCUUUUCAAACCUAAUACUUGUGAUGGGAAAUUUGUCAUAACAUAUGACCUAUUAAAUAACAUUGAUGCCAUUAUGUUGAAGUCGAAUGAGGAGAUAAAAACUAUUGAAAUUGACAUAACUGAAAUGGAAGAAAUUGACAGAAUCAACCUUAGGAAAAUUCUGAAAGAGAAUGAAAAUUAUUAUGUCCAUGAACCUGUAUCUGUUUGUGGAAAACUAAUCUUGAAGAUUUGUAAAAUGCAUGAUGAGAGACAUCCCCAAAAUGGAUUAUUUGAUUAUAUUCAAUUCGUUUUGUACGCCGAAAAGAUAAGCACAAAGACAGCAAUCAGAAAUAUGGCCGAAACACUCAGGAAAAGCUCUAAAUGCUUCAUGACUGCUGAAAACAAAUUUGCAAGAUCAAUAAGUCAACUGGUGACGAUGAAAAGUGAGGAUUCUAUUGGUCUUUGUCUCGCUUCACAUACUUCAAUUGGAAUUGGAAAUUUCAGUUUCGUCCCUCAACCCCUUCAGCUGGGCGAUCUGAAGGGCAAUCAUUUUAACAUCGCACUACGGAAAGUAAUUGGUAAUAAGGGUCAAAUUGAGGCGAGUUUAAGAUCUCUAAAAGAUAAUGGUUUCAUAAAUUAUUAUGAUAACAAUCACUUUGGAUUUAUAAGAGACGUUCCCAAGCAUUUAAUCGGAAAGCAGCUACUACUAAAACAAUGGCAAGAAGCUAUUGAUUUAAUUUUACAGCCUUCCGAGUUAAAUAGCACAGGUGACUAUUUAAGCAACCUUACAUUGGCUUGUAUUGAGUAUAAAUUCUCAAGGCUUGUCCAUAAAACCUUUGAUGAGACUCAUCAUAUAAAUAACUCAUUCAAAGCCAAACUUUUGUCAAGUAUUCAAAUCCAUGGCGAAAAUCUCGCUGUAGCAGUAAAUGACAUCUCUCUUGAAUUGCGAGUUUCUUUUGUUCGCGCCUAUCAGUGUUUUCUCUGGAACACUAUCGUCUCCAAGCGCAUUGCAAAAUUUGGUGCAAAACUGAUUGUGGGUGAUCUAGUCUAUGCUUCAGGUGACAGUGGCAGACGUGAUUAUAAUGGACAGCAAAAUCAACGAGAAGUACUUUUCAUCGACCAAAACAACAUUCACAAUUACACCAUCUACGACGCUGUUCUACCGCUUCCUGGUUGUAAUAUUACUUAUCCGGCCAACGAAGUUGCCGACUGGUAUAAAGACCUUUUAUCGGCAGAUGGACUGUUGGAGAAGGAUUUCAAUUUGAGUUUAAAUACUUAUGGUAUUAAUGGAGCUUAUCGACCCGUGGUGUUGAGGCCUUCUGAUUUAAAAUGGAAAUUCGUGCAUUACGAUAAUCCUGACCAGAAGUUGAUUCCGUCUGAUUUGGAUCGACUACAACAAGUAGAGCUCCCGUCUGUCAGUUCACAAGAAGGCGUAUAUCUUGGACUUGUGCUCGAAUUCAGUUUGCCGGCCUUCGCUUGGGGGACUAUGGCUCUGAGAGAGAUCCUCAAGAUGGACAUGACAGCCGAAUUACGGAAAUCAUGCAAGGGAUUCCAUAGCAAGAAAACCAAGUUGAAAAAACAAGUUCGUUUGAACAAGGUGUGCCCUAGGCAGGAGCAUCCGUCGCCAUUAGCAACAAACAAAGCGCUCGAGGAACCACAGAAGAAGAAAAGAAAAGAAAAGCCGUGCAUCGCCGAUCAACCUCAAUCAGAAACUAGCAAGUCUUUAUUAGACACACAUAGAAACCGUGCGGAAUCAGCAGCCAGCCCAUUAUCAAAUGGUCACACGCUCAGAGAAAUGAAGCUGAAAUCGAGCACUAUCGAAAAACAACCGUCAAGGGACAAUGAGUCAUUCGAGGAACCUCUCCGAACAAAAAGAAUCACCGAAAAACAAGUCGCCAAUAAACAUUCGGUUAAGCAACGUAAGAAUCAAGAUCGUUCACCAUCAACCACUGAGUCUCGGGAGUCGCAACUUAAAGGAAUCACGCUGGAGCCGGCAACACUUGAUGAUCCGCCACCAACAACCGGGGAGCCAUUUAAGAAACCUAAACUAAAACAGCUUAAGAAAAAUCGAAUUGUUCAAGAGCCCAGCACUUGUCAAAAGCCUCAAUCUAAAGUAAACAAAAGCUUGAAGGAACCCCAAACUAAUGUUAAGGUCGAGCCCGGCAUUUUUCAAACGCAUUCAUCAACAUUCGCCGAAUCUUGUGAGGAACCUGAGAAAAAGAAAACCAAGUUAGAUCCGGACACAGAUCAAGAAGAAGAAGAAGUGUUAAUCAUUCCGUCUUCGAAAAGCACAAAGUUUAAGAGUAUCAUGUAUGUCGAUCUCAUUUCCGAACAAGAGGACUGAUUGCACUCGUCUAGGUCUUCUGUUUGACGAACUUGAAAAGACUUGAAAAAUAAUUUUUUCUUACAGUUUUUGCCCAAGUUAUUUUAUUUGUUUUUUGUUUCUGCUGAAGUUGAAUUUAAGGUAGUUGGCAAUUGGAGUAAAAUGCGCCGAUGGAAAACUACCCAGCAGCAUUUAAAUGGAAAUUUUUCGUCUUUUUAAUAAGGUGCCUUAUUCAACGGAAAGUGUUGAACACAACCCGUAUGAAACAUGAUUGCCAUAAUUUUUUUCCGUUUGAAGAUUUGUGACAGUGAACAUUCGAAUUUAUCGAAUUUUGUGGGCCAACCCAUCUUUUGUCUGCUCCAACCAAGUUAAUAUUCCUAAAUCCUCGUUUAACGCUGUGAUAUGACUGAUAUCCUAUGCGAUAAUUCAGAACUAAUUGAAGUUAAAUAUAUUGUCAUUAGACCAAGAA